GUGCCAAUCACCGAACUACCAUCACGAUUCACGACACUCCUCGUCAAUAUCAAAUUAUCAAUCAACCUUUUCAACUUUUCUCUCCAUUUAAUUUGACAUACAAUACAACUCCAAUUCCAACAUCAAAUGGGCAUGGCGGAGUGGGAGACUCCUCCGACAACCGUGCCACUGGUGUUCCUCCGAAACAUCAUGGCUUCCCUUCUCCUCCACGCCGUCAGAUCCUUCCUCUUCUUCGCCCAAAAAUACAAACUCCUCGAAACGUUUCGUGGCGCCUUCCUCUUCUUCCUGCGUUUCGUGCCUUCCCCAAUCCUCGACUGCGUUUUGGUGCCUCCCCUCACGCCCGACAAAUACGACACCACCGCCCAGCGAAACGACUCGGGCAUCGGUCGAGCACUCUCGCAGCUCUUGUCCAUCAUGAACGACAUCCCCGUUUGUUCGAGGAAGUACGAGGUGGUUCGGUCUUUGGCGGAGAGGGUCAUCGACGAGAACCACAGGGAUGGAACCCACGCGCUGCGUAGGGUCAACUGCGAGGUUUUGUCGGCGGCGUUUUCCACGACGCUGAGCCGACUCGAAGCAGCAGCCGCCGCGGGAGGGCGUGACGGGGAGAGUGGUGGGCCAGUUGAGCAUCCGCUGGGUCGGGUUUUGCAGAUGGUUCGGGAUAUUGUUGGGCCCAGCGUGAUGAGAGGAAGAGGAGAGGCGAGCCGGAAUGGAAUAUCAGCUGUGAAGCUGGCGGCUGAGUUGCUGUGGCUGGCUCAGAAGCUGGCGGCUUGUGGUUGCGGACAGGAAGCUGUUUUGAGGUGGGCCACGGCUUCGAAUUUGGGCCGGCUCGCUUUAUCGGCUGAGCCACGCUUGCAAGCUUCGCUUGUCAAACUUGCAGCAUUCUUGUUCCGGGAAGCCAAAGACAUGGACCUAAAUGAAACAGAGGAAAGCAAAAUGGUGCCACACAUGCAGGUCAAGUUAAAGAUGCUACUUUCAUGGCUGCCAUUAUUGUGCAGAGCGAGCAAUGGUACUGAUGCACCAAUUUUAAGCAUCAGUGAAAGGAGCGAGUUAGAGAGGGUGUUAGAGGAAACAAUAGAAGGAAUAGAACAAGAGGAAGAGCAGGAGCGAGUUCUGUCCAUGUGGCUCCACCAUUUUACACAUUGCCCCUCCUCUGACUGGCCAAAUCUCCAUGCAUGCUAUGCUCGCUGGUGCAGUGCAUCUCGCAAGCAAUUGCUUCUUCAAUGAAAAUAUUGAAGGCAUAGAUCGAAAACCAAUCUAAAUAGUGCAUAAUUUGCUAGAGGGGUGUAUAUUUUGUGUAUAAUUAGAAAGUAGGAUCACUGUAAUAUGCAUCAGUCGCUCAGUUGUUAAUUAGUUAAUUAAUUUUCUCUUCCCCCCCUCGUU